GCCGAUGACAUCACUUUUACACUGCGACGUGACGUCACGACUUGGCCGACGGCCCCGACCAAUCGGCGCUGGCGCCGCAUACGCGCAGAUGGGAAGAGUUUAAAACAGAUUGAGGAAAGAAGUGCGAUGUGGCCCGAACCUUCCCGCAGGAUCUGACAACGGCACCGGACCUGUAAGUCCCGUUUGACUUGUGAAGGCACGAUGACAACCCACUUCAAGAGCGGACCCGCUUUCGGGAUGUCUGCAGAAGUCAAGAGUAAGCUGGCCCAGAAGUAUGACCCUCAAAAGGAGGAGGAGCUAAGAAUGUGGAUCCAUGAGGUCACAAGCCGCAAACUUCCAGACAACUUCAUGGACGGAUUGAAAAAUGGAGUUAUCCUGUGCGAGCUCAUUAACAUCCUUCAGCCCGGCUCCGUGAGAAAGAUCAGUAACUCCCCUCAAAACUGGCAUCAGUUGGAAAAUAUCAGUAAUUUUGUACGAGCCAUUCAAGAGUAUGGACUGAAGCCACAUGAUAUAUUCGAGGCCAAUGACCUGUUUGAGAACGUCAAUCACACUCAGGUGCAAUGCACUCUUAUCACCCUGGCCGGAAUGGCUAAAUCUAAAGGUGUUCACUCUAAAUGUGAUAUUGGAGUAAAAUACGCAGAAAAACAGCAGCGUAGAUUUGCUCCUGAGAAGCUGAGGGAGGGACGCAAUGUCAUUGGACUACAGAUGGGAACCAAUAAGUUUGCCAGUCAGAAAGGCAUGACAUCAUACGGCACAAGGCGUCAUCUUUAUGACCCUAAAACAGGAAUGGAAAAUCCUCUGGACCAAUCGACAAUCAGCCUGCAGAUGGGCACCAACAAAGGAGCCAAUCAGUCUGGCAUGACGGCCCCGGGCACCAAGCGCCAGAUCUUCGAUAAGAAGCUGGAUAUGGAGAUGUGCGAUACCUCUACUGUCUCUCUGCAGAUGGGCACCAACAAGGCGGCGUCCCAGACCGGCAUGACUUCCUACGGUCAGCCCCGCCAAGUGUACGACAGCAAGUAUUGCUCCACCCCUAAUGACUACAUCAACAACGGCCAGGACUCAGAGAUGGAUGGAUAUCAGUAUUCCGACUAAGAGGAAAAGACAGCUCCCAUCACACUGCUUUUUUUUAAAUCACCUGCGCUAUUUCUGAUUUUCCAAAUUCUUUUGACCAAGUAGGACCAGCUUGAUCUCUGUUUAAUGACACCACGGCCUCCGGUCAGUGCUGAGUACUUCAGUGACUGAUGCUUCAUGGAAUGAAAUGGGAGGAAUUUUUUAAGCACUGGCUUUUCCAGCUUUUCACUUAUGUAGUUAAUUUUUUUGGUGUGACAUUCUCCUUCAAGUGCAUGGUCCAGAUUUUAUGAAAGAACGCAGAUAAUGUUAUAGAAUGGAAGUGGAUUUGUUCGCAUCCCAAAGUGUUGUGGUGUAUGUAUUCAUAAAACUCUUUUGAUUGGAUUAAAGGAGAGGAAGUCCACAGGCAUCGUUGUGAACGUUCGAUCAAAUCUACAGGAUGAGUUUAUCACCAGCCAACAGAGAGAUUGAACUAAAGAAAAACAAGACAUUUUUAUCAGAAAAGAUAAUAAAUGCAUUGACAGAUCUUUGUUAUUCAGAUUUAAUUAAAUAUAAUUUAAAUAAAAUGAGAUUAUUGUUAACAUGA